AUGACCAAUUUCGCGGACAGCACCAUACCCAGUUCCGGUGCACUUCUCGACGAGUUGAGCACCCAUUACAGCUUUGGGCACUCAUCAAUAUCGCUGGCAAUGGAAAAUGGAUCAAUACCACGUUGUUCAGCAACUCCUUUCCGGCCUUGCAGUCAUCGUCGGCACGAAGAGAUUACCCAGAUCACGGACGACCUCUUCAAAGAUGUGUUCGUCGAGCUGCCCGAACACGAGGUCGAGGACCUCGCAAUGCCGAGGGCGACUGGCCUUCCUCUUACGGUUGUCGCCAACCUCCAUCGCACCGAGCCUAGCCCCCAACGUCGUAACAUACUCCUAAAUCGCACACAACUCAUCGGAGGGGGCCGCCGCCGGGGCCGAGGGGCCGGGGAGAGGGAGAACCGUGAGAUACGUACCCGGGUAUUCGAUGAGGUAUCGCGUAGUGAUGAGAAGGCCACAUUAGGAGUUAGUACCGUCAAAAAGUUGAUCCAACUCAACUACGAUGGCGGGCUAUCUUACAUGUUCAUGUACCUCAUUGUUGACGCCCAUCUCAUACAGCCAAAAGACUGUGUCAACAUGGUAUUUGGGUCUCGGGAAGUCACCUUUGUUUGCAUGGACAGUCAGGAAGUGUGCCGUAAUCGAACACAGGCGGAUCAGCCUCCUCGCUUGAAACAUCCUUGA